AUGGGUUGUUGCAUGUCAUCCGAUCCCGAUCCAGUGAACCAACAUCUUCAUCCACAUGGACACCACCAGUUCCUCAAUAUACAUGAGGCUCGCAAAAGAAGGCAAUCCUCGAUGGGAGUCGGAAUGGGAGUUGCCAUGAUGAUGCAACAGGCUGGAGCACUUGUGGGAGCAGCUCCUCCACCACCAGAGGCUGCAGAGAUUCAGUCGCAAAUUCGGAAAGCCAAGGCGGAAGGACGCACUGUCACUAUGGUCAAUGGUGCGUUGUACUUUGACUACCAACUGGUUGCUCGUAUUCCUCCACACUACGACAUUCGGCUAUAA